AGAGAGGCGAGGUAGAGGAGCUAGAGAGAGGAGAGAGAGAGCGGUGAGGUAGAGGAGCUAGAGAGAGAAGAUGGAAGACGCCAUGCAACAUUUAUUCAGCCCUGUAUGAACUAAUAUCCAUUCAGCUCAAUUUGUGGGACUGUCCUCACUUUAAUUAGUGUUUAACCCCUGACCUGAAUACAGGGAGUUCAUUGGCCAGCUCAAACUAGUUUCUCAAACCACUUUAUAGGCUAGUAGUGUAUGGGUGUGUGUUCAGUUUAUGAGGAGCGUAUGUGUGUGUGCUUGCGUGUGUGUGUAAUAUGGGAGGGUAGCAGCUCUGAGGAAUGUGUUCUCUCCCCCACUGUUCCACAGAGACGAGAGAGAGAGAGAGAGAGAGAGAGAGAGGCCCAGCACUACAGAAUGGUUAUAUCUGAGGUGCCCGUUUCUUAUCUGGAUGGGCGGCUUGAGUUCAUUUAUGAGGCGCUCAAACCUGAUGGUGAACCAGUCAAAAACACAACACAACACGUGGACGUGGUGCAGAGAAACAGGGAAACAUCUGAUCAUGGAUAAAAGACCCCACCCAGGGACAUCAGAGUUCAAUAGGACAGCCUUGGGGACAUCAGAGUUCAAUGGGACAGCCUUGGGGACAUCAGAGUUCAAUGGGACAGCCUUGGGGACAUCAGAGUUCAAUGGGACAGCCUUGGGGACAUCAGAGUUCAAUAGGACAGCCUUGGGGACAUCAGAGUUCAAUGGAACAGCCUUGGGGACAUCAGAGUUCAAUAGGACAGCCUUGGGGACAUCAGAGUUCAAUGGGACAGCCUUGGGGACAUCAGAGUUCAAUAGGACAGCCUUGGGGACAUCAGAGUUCAAUAGGACAGCCUUGGGGACAUCGGAGUUCAAUGGGACAGCCUUGGGGACAUCAGAGUUCAAUGGGACAGCCUUGGGGACAUCAGAGUUCAAUGGGACAGCCUUGGGGACAUCAGAGUUCAAUAGGACAGCCUUGGGGACAUCAGAGUUCAAUGGAACAGCCUUGGGGACAUCAGAGUUCAAUAGGACAGCCUUGGGGACAUCAGAGUUCAAUGGGACAGCCUUGGGGACAUCAGAGUUCAAUGGGACAGCCUUGGGGACAUCAGAGUUCAAUGGGACAGCCUUGGGGACAUCAGAGUUCAAUGGGACAGCCUUGGGGACAUCAGAGUUCAAUGGGACAGCCUUGGGGACAUCAGAGUUCAAUGGGACAGCCUUGGGGACAUCAGAGUUCAAUGGGACAGCCUUGGGGACAUCAGAGUUCAAUGGGACAGCCUUGGGGACAUCAGAGUUCAAUAGGACAGCCUUGGGGACAUCAGAGUUCAAUGGAACAGCCUUGGGGACAUCAGAGUUCAAUAGGACAGCCUUGGGGACAUCAGAGUUCAAUGGGACAGCCUUGGGGACAUCAGAGUUCAAUGGGACAGCCUUGGGGACAUCAGAGUUCAAUGGGACAGCCUUGGGGACAUCAGAGUUCAAUGGGACAGCCUUGGGGACAUCAGAGUUCAAUGGGACAGCCUUGGGGACAUCAGAGUUCAAUGGGACAGCCUUGGGGACAUCAGAGUUCAAUAGGACAGCCUUGGGGACAUCAGAGUUCAAUAGGACAGCCUUGGGGACAUCAGAGUUCAAUGGGACAGCCUUGGGGACAUCAGAGUUCAAUGGAACAGCCUUGGGGACAUCAGAGUUCAAUGGAACAGCCUUGGGGACAUCAGAGUUCAAUAGGACAGCCUUGGGGACAUCAGAGUUCAAUGGAACAGCCUUGGGGACAUCAGAGUUCAAUAGGACAGCCUUGGGGACAUCAGAGUUCAAUAGGACAGCCUUGGGGACAUCAGAGUUCAAUGGGACAGCCUUGGGGACAUCAGAGUUCAAUGGGACAGCCUUGGGGACAUCAGAGUUCAAUGGGACAGCCUUGGGGACAUCAGAGUUCAAUGGGACAGCCUUGGGGACAUCAGAGUUCAAUGGGACAGCCUUGGGGACAUCAGAGUUCAAUGGGACAGCCUUGGGGACAUCAGAGUUCAAUGGGACAGCCUUGGGGACAUCAGAGUUCAAUGGGACAGCCUUGGGGACAUCAGAGUUCAAUGGGACAGCCUUGGGGACAUCAGAGUUCAAUGGGACAGCCUUGGGGACAUCAGAGUUCAAUAGGACAGCCUUGGGGACAUCAGAGUUCAAUAGGACAGCCUUGGGGACAUCAGAGUUCAAUGGAACAGCCUUGGGGACAUCAGAGUUCAAUGGAACAGCCUUGGGGACAUCAGAGUUCAAUAGGACAGCCUUGGGGACAUCAGAGUUCAAUAGGACAGCCUUGGGGACAUCAGAGUUCAAUGGGACAGCCUUGGGGACAUCAGAGUUCAAUGGGACAGCCUUGGGGACAUCAGAGUUCAAUGGGACAGCCUUGGGGACAUCAGAGUUCAAUGGGACAGCCUUGGGGACAUCAGAGUUCAAUGGGACAGCCUUGGGGACAUCAGAGUUCAAUGGGACAGCCUUGGGGACAUCAGAGUUCAAUGGGACAGCCUUGGGGACAUCAGAGUUCAAUGGGACAGCCUUGGGGACAUCAGAGUUCAAUGGGACAGCCUUGGGGAAAUCAAGGACAGGGUGAUCCAAGACUGAUCCAUGGAGAACACACACCAAAUUAGAAUGGAUAAAUGUUGGAUGAAAUGAUAUGGACAUGGACGCGUCACCUCCGCUGACCAUCGACGUACGACUCCCAUUGAGAAAGCAUUGGAAAUCACGAGGGCUGGGACUUGCCAGGGACCUCACGAUACAAUACUAUCACGAUACUAUCACGAUACUAUCACAAUACUAUCACAAUACUAUCACGAUACUAUCACAAUACUAUCACAAUACUAUCGCAAUACUAUCACAAUACUAUCACAAUACUUAGGUGCCUAUACGAUGUGUAUUGCGAUUUGAUGUUCCAAACUUUUUGCUCACCAUAUGUCUGCUGCAGAGAGACGAGAGCGCAUGAGAACAUGUGUUUUCAUGCGUCAUGGAAAUAAAAGUACUAUUUAAAAAGAAGAUUAAAAACAAGCUAUAGGAUGAGAAAUGUCCAGAGUUUUGGCGUAGCCGACUAGCUCUAGCUAACACUGCCUAGCAAAAAAUGUUUAAUAUAUAUCUAAUCGAUACUUUGAGUCAAGGUAUCAAUAUAAUAUCGUCCAAAAUAAUAAUGCGAUAUGUAAAUAUAUUUCCCCCCAUCCCUAGAAACCACGGAUAAAGGUCAGAUCAACAAGCCAGUCUGGCCUCGCCAUUAUCCAUUAUACUUUCACCGUCAUUUUCUUCUCUUCUCUGUGCUCUUUCGUUUCUUCCGCUCUUUUUGAUCGGGAACCAGCGUGUCGUGUGUUUGUGUGUUUGUGUGUGUGCGCGCGUGUGUGUCAGGAAGUACACAUGCGGUUUUGAACUCUUUGAUGAUAAAGGACUAAGAUCCCUCAUAUAUACCAUCAUCUGGAGGAUAGCUGGAAGGCUGACAACACCCCCACCC